ACGAUUCGUAUUAGCUUCGAGUACCGGCAAGCUGCUUUUGACGGCGUGCAAACAGAACGAGGGAGUAGGCGGAGGAGGAAGAAAAAAAGUGUAACACCGGCUGGAAGUGGGUGAAGAAAAGACAGAAGAUGAGUUUGAAGGGGCUUCCCGACCUUCUUCGGACAGGUAGGAGAUGUUUUCUCCAGGUUCCAUUUGGUUCAUCUUGGCUUCAGCCUUUGUAUCUUCUACUGUGUCACAAUAAGUCAACAUCUAUCACGCAGCUGGAUUCUGCAUCAGCAGUUAAGAAUUUUAAGGAAGAAAAUCAUGCAGUAGAUGACUUGUAUUCUACUGAGCAAAGAUCUUCUAUUUUGCAAGUACUAAAUUCGGCAUCCGAGGAAGAACUUUGUGCUGUGAAACUAAUGCGAGGAAGAAAGUCGAUUAACGUAAUAGAGUACAGAAACAAGCAUGGGCCAUUUCAGGAUUUGCACAGUUUACUAGAAGUGCCUCUUUUUCAGUAUAAAACAGCUGUUCAAGUAUGCAACUUUAUUCUCAAUCCCCUUGCAAAAGAAGAAAGAAAAAAAAGAAAAAUGAAGAAUAUUGUGAAAUAUAUUAAACCUGAAAUAGAAAGGGAGAGGCUCAAGGCUGCCAAUAGCAUUGUAUCCAUUGUGUUUGGCUCUCGCAAAAUUGCAUGGGCUCAUGUUAAUAAACACCUAGCCGUUCAGGAUUGGCAGCAGGUGGAAUGCACAGUGUUUAUGAAAGGAGUUUAUAUGCCAACAGUGUAUCUUGAAGAGAUUUCUUCAGUAGUAUCCAAGCUUCCUGAAGCAGACUUUUAUAUCUUGGAAAAAAGUGGGCUUUCUGCUCUGAAUGCAAGUUUGUUUCCAAUGAUGUUACAUCUGCGUACAGUGGAAGCUAUGCUGCAUGCAUUGUUGCAUAAAACAUAUUCACAGGAUGGCCAGUACAAAGUACUAAGUAUGGCCCGAAGUUUUGUAGGAAAAUACUUUGGAUUGAUGGUGGGAGAUGCACGAACUAGUGGAAUAGACCUUGUAAAACAGUUUCUCUCAGAAUCUGUUACACAUGCUAAGCCCCGUGUGAACUUUCCAAGAGAUCAAGUGAUUAAUUAUAAAAAUGUAUUGUCAUCAAACAAGCAGAGAAGAGAUGAGGAGCUGUGUGAUUCAUUGCUACAGGCAAUAGCUUUUUAUGAGCUUCUAAUAUUGAACAACACUACUUAAUUAUUCAUUUUGUUAAACUCAUUUUUGGAAUCUACAGUAAUUUCAGAUCAAAUCAACAUACACAUUUUCAUAAGGUGGCAAUACUUGUGGCCAUUUUCUGCUGAGAAAAGAAUACAGCGAUGGUAGAGCCAUAGUAAUACUUCCAAGAAAAGUGCUGAAGAACUGAAUUUAAAAGAGUUGUAAACUAGUACAAAAUAAGCAUGUUACUGUAUCCAUAAUUGUGCUACUGUACAUUUCUAUUAGAGCAGUGAGGCUUUUCCUCAAUUUUUGCCACUGAAUAGUAGUUAAAGUUGGUUACCUUACUCACUUGCAAGUUCUAAUUAUUUCAAUGGAAGGAAUGUUUAAAGAUGGUGAUAGGGAAUAUUAAACUUACAAAAUGUGUAGAACUGGUUUGUGUCAAAACAAUAAUAACAAGGAGUUUUUAAGCCUAAAGGUGACUGAAGCCAAGUUUAGGAGCAUACAUGGGUUCAUUUUAACAAGGGUUAAUAACAGCUCUUCAGCAUGUGUGAGGGAGGUGAAAGGUGUGUAUACCUGUGGUGCAAAACCUGAAACCUGGUAUGGAGAACCUAUAACCCUCCAGAUACAGAUGGACUCCAACUCCCUCCAGCCUUAGCCAACGCAGCUAAUCAUCUGGAAUGAUGGGAGUUGUCCAAAAACAUAUGAAGGGGAGCAAGCUCCCCAUCUGUGCCCUAAACCUAACUUCUGUUGCAUUCACAGGAUACAUGUGUCUAAGGCAGGGUUAGCCAAUGUGGUGCCCUCUAGAUGAUUUGGACUCCAAAUUCCAACAGCCCCAGCCAGCAUGUCCAACGGUCAGAAAUAAUGGGGUUUUUAAUCCAACACUUAUGCAGAGGGCACCAGAUUGGCUACCUCCAUCUAAAAUAGUAAUAUCUCUGUACACCGACUGAAUCAUAUUAUAGACCGGUGUUUCCCAACCUGUGGGAUAUGAAGCCUAUGCAAGUGGGGCGCAGGUAUUAUAAGAAAAUUCAAAAUAAUUGCUGCUUUUUAAUGUUUAACUGCUGUGAUGAAUAGCUAUUACAACUUUUUGUUUUAUAUUAUAAUGCUGUUGACAAUUGCUGCUGAACAUUGGAAAUGCUCAAGGCUUACAUUUUAACACUUGGGAACUGCUGUCUAGUGGUUGGCAAGCAGAUCCAGUGACUGCUUCCCCCCAAAAAAAUAUUUUUAUUAUUUUUUCAAAAAACAUACAGCAUAUACUAUCCAGUACAUGCAUUUUUCAAAUAAACAACCAAACUACAAACUUGUGUAGUGUAGUUCAUAAAAAGUGUAAAGUUACAGAGUAGAUUCAUUUGAAGGUAUUGUUCCAAAUUUAAAAAAUCUUACAUCCACAUUCUCGUUAUAAUACGCCUACAUAACCUCUCCAUAUGGACCCAUGCGUACACGGAAGACGAAUAUUCCCUUCUUUCUUGUUGAUGAAAGUAAUGAAGGGGGACCAUGUUUUUUCAAACCUGUCCUAUUUUGCAAGACCACAGACCACCCUUCUAUAUUGAGUCAAGUGUUCCAGCAAUGCAGUUUCCCAUACCCUUUCUAACCAGCCCGACUGUGAGGGUCCUAAAGGAUCUUUCCAAUGUCUCACUAUUUCUGUGUGUGCUGCAGCAAACAGUAAGGCAAUCAGCUCCCUAUGAUUUACCUUAGGAUUUAAGUUACUCUCUAGAGAUAUCAGUGCCAAGGAUGGGUCCUUAACUAUGUUCUGAAGUGUCGUGGAAUGCUUCAGUGAAGAUGCGUGUCCAGAACUCAGAAAAAGGCCUGCAAUUCCACCAAAGGUGCAUUAAUGUUCCUUGUUCACUACAUCUCCUCCAAUAAAAUGGUGACACUUGACCUGUGAUGUGAGAAAGUCUGAUUGGAGUCCAAUGCCUUCAUAGUAGGGUUUUAAAUGUUGCCUCUUGUAUACGAGCUGACGUAGUUUUCAAGGGGGGAGAUGCCCAUAGGUUAUUCCAUUUGGUUUCCUCCAUUUGGAUGUCUUAAUCAUCCUCCCAGGCCCAACAAAAGGUAUCCAUGUUCCCCAUCUUGUUGCCUAUAUUUUAUAUAUAAAAGACACUGAUCCUUUUAAUGCAGUGUUUGAAGAAAUACAAUGAUGUUCAAAUUAAGUGAGGGAGCGGAGACAAACCCCGCCCCUCAGUAGCCUCUUAAUAAAAGCCAUGACCUGUACAAUGCUAAACCAAUUGAUUUGAAGACCAUGCAAUUUCUCCCUCAAAGAGGGUUCAGUUAUUGGAUGGCCCAAUUCUAUUAGGUCUCUGAUCCUGAACAUCUCUCCUUCCAAUCUCGAAACUUUAUAUUUUUCCAGAAAGCAGAACUUUGGGUGAUAAAGGAAAAUGAUUAAGGGGGAAUCCCUUGAGGCUAACAUUUCCCCAUCUUUUCCAUACCAUCAAAGUAGCAAGGGUAAAGGGAUUUAGUGUUUUAUGUGUAACCGCCCAUGAUAGAUGUAAAAAGGGAACUGCUUGAAGAGAGGGCUGUCUUAAAAGCAAUUCGAUUUGCACCCAUGGAAUGUUCACAUUUUCAUUGAUGAUAUGCACCAUUUGCUUCAAUUGAAAUGCGUCAUUAUAUAACUGCAAAUUAGGCAUAGCUAAACAACGUUUAUAUUUC